AGUUCCGCCUCUUCCCCGACCCCGGAGGUGGCACCCUCCUGCCCUUCCCCUUGUCUCUCGUUUGCAGCUUCCUUUCCCGCCCCCCGCACUCCUGGCUUGCAGAUGUUAGAGACUGCGUAGUGGCCUUUGGGUGAAGUUCUUAGUGCCUCUCAAGCUUCGCCUUAGGCGUAGGGAGUGGGGAGCAAGGUUUUGGUGGGGGGGGAAUCCCCAAAGCUGACUGAACCAGACUAGUUAUGCCAGAGCAGCAAGAAGGCUUAAAACUAUUGGCUAUUCAGUUUCCAUCAGAAGAUAUUCUCCUGGUAACAGCUUCUCCUGUUAUUAAAGCAGUUACAAAUUUCAAGCAGGUUUCUAAAGUCUUGGAGGAGUUUGAUGUUGAAGAGCAAUCGAAAACCGUGUUAGAAAAUCGCUUGCCCAACAUUAAGAUUAUAGAAUCUGGAGUAAAGCAACUGAAGAGUAAAGACCACUGCAUUGUAACGGGAGAUGGCAGUCAGCUUGUGUAUGAGAAACUCUGUCUGUGUGCUGGAGCUACGCCGAAGUUGGUGUGUGAAGGAAAUCCUUACGUGUUAGGAAUCCGUGAUACGGACAGUGCUCAGGAAUUUCAGAAACAGCUUACUAAAGCUAAGAGAAUAGUGAUCAUAGGGAAUGGCGGCAUUGCACUUGAACUGGUGUAUGAAAUUGAAGGCUGUGAAGUCAUUUGGGCCAUUAAAGAUAAAGCUAUUGGGAAUACUUUCUUUGAUGCAGGAGCAGCUGAAUUCUUGACUUCAAAGCUCAUUGCUGAAAAACCAGAGGCUAGAAUUGCACAUAAAAGAACUAAAUAUACAACUGAAGGAAGGAAAAAGGAAACACAAAGCAAAGCUGGUGCUGGUAAUAUGGGCAGUGCCUUGGGACCUGAUUGGCAUGAAGGCUUGAAUCUUAAAGGUACAAAAGAGUUUUCUCGUAAGAUUCACAUUGAAACUGUCUGUGAAGUAAAGAAAAUCUUCCUUCAGGAAGAAUUUAGAAUUUCUAAGAAAAAGUCCUUGCCUUUUCCCAGAGACCAUUCUGAUCAGUCAGUCACAACUGAUAAAGAGGUAUGGCCGGUAUAUGUGGAAUUGACUAAUGAAAAGAUAUACGGCUGUGAUUUCAUUGUCAGUGCUACAGGAGUUACACCAAAUACAGAACCUUUCCUCUGUGGCAACAGUUUUGCUCUAGGAGAAGACGGCGGCCUGAAGGUGGACGCUCACAUGCACACGUCUCUCCCUGAUGUCUACGCCGCGGGUGACGUCUGCACCGCGUCCUGGCGGCCCAGCCCGGUCUGGCAGCAGAUGAGGCUGUGGACCCAGGCUAGACAGAUGGGAUGGUAUGCAGCGAAGUGCAUGGCUGCAGCUAGCUUAGGGGAAUCUAUUGACAUGGACUUCAGCUUUGAACUUUUCGCACAUGUAACAAAAUUUUUUAACUAUAAGGUUGUAUUGCUGGGAAAAUACAACGCACAGGGCUUAGGUUCAGAUCAUGAAUUAAUGCUGAGAUGUACUAAAGGACAAGAAUACGUCAAAGUCGUCAUGCAGAAUGGGCGAAUGAUGGGAGCUGUCUUAAUUGGUGAAACAGACUUAGAAGAAACAUUUGAAAACUUAAUUUUAAAUCAGACAGAUCUUUCAUCAUAUGGAGAAGAUCUGCUAGAUCCAAAUAUUGAUUUAGAAGAUUAUUUUGAUUAAAAAAGGUAUUUCAAGAACUACAUAAAGUUCCAAAUAACUCAAUGUCACAAUAAGGCAAAUACACUGAUAUAAUAAAGAAUACAGAAGUGAUAAUGAUUUUAGUGGGAAAAUAUUAAAAUAUAAUAUUGAAAAAAUAGAUGUAAAUUAUUUGAUCUUUAUAACACAAAACUGACCACUUAUGUGAAUUCAAGGAUUUAAGUUACUCAUUUCUGAUUUAACUAGGUUGUUAUCUACUUAGCCAACAACUUGGUCUGGUAUACUAAAGUCAUUCUGAUUGUGAACUGUCAGGGUUAUGGUUUCAAGAGGCUUAUAGUUUUACACAGAGAUGUAGCAAUAUCUUACUUGCUAAUAUCAUUUGUAUUGAUACCUUAUUCUGUUUACAUUUGGAUUCUACAGCUGUUAGGAGCUGAAAUCACUCCCUUUCUGUAAUAAAUCUUUGUAAAGUA